GAGGCCCUGGCUGCUCACGGCACAUGCCUCCCCUCCCCAGGCCGAGGCCCAGCUGACCCCUGGGGCUCCCCGGCGGCGGACAGGGAAGGGUUAAAGGCUCCCUGCCCCUGCCCUGGGGAACCCCUACCCUGUGGGGACAUGAACUGUGUUUGUUGCCUGGUCCUGGUCGCGCUGAGCCUGUGGCCAGAUAGAGCUGCUGCCCCAGUGCCACCUCCUGGCCCUCCAAGGGCCUCCGCAGACCCUCGGGCUGAGCUGGACAGCGCCGUCCUCCUGACGCGCUCCCUCCUGGCUGACACUCGGCAGCUGGCCGCACAACUGAGAGACAAAUUCCCAGCCGACGGGGACCACAAUCUGGAUUCCCUGCCCACCUUGGCCAUGAGUGCAGGGGCACUGGGAGCCCUGCAGCUCCCAGGCGUGCUGACACGGCUGCGGGCAGACCUGUUUUCCUACCUGAGGCACGUGCAGUGGCUGCGCCGGGUGGGAGGCCCCUCCCUGAGGACCCUGGAGCCUGAGCUGGGAGGCCUGCAGGCCCGGCUGGACCGACUGCUACGCCGGCUGCAGCUCCUGAUGUCCCGCCUGGCACUGCCCCAGGGACCCCCAGAACCGCCGGCGCCCCCCCUGGCCCCACCAGCCUCAGCCUGGGGAGGCAUCCGGGCGGCCCACGCCAUCCUUGGGGGGUUGCACCUGACGCUGGACUGGGCCGUUCGGGGCUUGCUGCUGCUCAAGACUCGGCUGUGACCCGCAACCCAGAGCCACCAGCGUCCUUCACUGCCAGACCUUAUUUAUUUAUUUAUUUCGGGACUGGGGGCGUGGCAGCCAGAGGACCCCCCCAUUAUUUUCCCCUAGUUAGAGAUGGUCCCUCCAGGAGACCUGGGCUGGGGCAUCUGUGCCUUAUUUAUACUUAUUUAUUUCAGGGGGUGGGUGGGAGGCAGGUGGACUCAGGGGCCCCCAGGGGGAGAGAAAUGGGGUCCCGGAUUCUUGGAUCUCUAAGAAGUCUGGCCACAGUGUCUCCCUGGCCCCCACUCCUCUGGGCCUGAGCGGGAGCAUGUAUUAUUUAUUAAACAAUUACUUUUUGUGUUGGGAUGGGGAGGGAGAGGGAAAGGAGGCCUGGGUUUUUGUACAAAAAUGUAAGAAACCUUUGUGAGAUGGAGAAGGGGGUAUUAAAUUUGUUAUACACAUCCA